AUGAAGCUUAUCUUCCUCUUGGCUCUCUUGAACCUGCCUGGUGCUUUGCCCUUCGAUCUAGAUUACGAAAACAUCUCUCCUCCAUACUUGGCCUACUUGAAAUCAGAUUACUUGCCCUGUACUGGAGCCCUGAUCCACCCUCUUUGGGUGAUUACAGCUGCACACUGCAACUUACCGAAGCUUAAGGUGGUAUUGGGGGUUGUAAACCCAAUGAACCCUAAUGAAAAUACUCUGCAAGUGGUUGACUAUGAGAAGAUGAUCCACCAUCCAUACUUCUUAAUCACAUCUAUUGAGCAUGACAUCAUGUUAAUCAAGCUAAAAAAAGAGAUUCAACUCAAUAACUAUGUGAACCUGGUCAGCCUGCCCCACCAGCCUGCCCCUGCACGGACCAUGUGUACUGUCUCCACCUGGGCUUACAACAUUUGUAAUAUCUCCAAAGACCCUGACUCACUGCAGAAUGUGAACAUCACUGUAAUCUCCAAAAGCCAAUGUCGCACUGCCUAUAAGACUUACAAUAUCAGAGAAAGUAUGCUGUGUGUGGGCAUUGUGCCAGGGAGGAGGAUGCCCUGUAAGGAAGUCACAGCUGCCCCAGCAGUCUGCAAUGGAACACUUCAAGGAAUCCUAUCUUUUGCAGAUGGAUGUGUUUUGAGAGCUGAUGUUGGCAUCUACACCAGAAUCUUUAACUAUUUGACUUGGAUUGAAUAUACAAUCCGUCAUAAUUGA